UACAUCACAAUAGCGUUCGACAAUCUGCGACGGCACACAAAAUUCCGAGGACCAACCUGAUGCGUUAUAUUGCAGCAUUUGAUGGUGCGAGCAUCGACGUUAUUACUGCCAAUGCCGAUGUAAUGAAGAAUUUGCUGGCUGAAAGCACGACGAUGGGCACAAAAACAUGCCUCGAUGUUAUGUUAACGCCGAAAACCAUCAAAUCCGGCUUCCGAACAACUGGCAUCUACCCGUUCAACUCGCAAAUUUUCACUGAAGUUGACUUUAUCGCUUCGGAACUGAGCGGCGAAAAUUUGUUCGGUGACGAAGAGAAAGACGCCGACAAUCAACGUCGAGUUCUUGCCUCUGGUGAUGCCAUUGUGACUGCUGCGAAUGAGGAGGUGUCAUCGUCGGAGGCAUCGACAAGUGCCCCAGCUUCAACAAGUGGUGCUGCAUCAUCGUCGUUGUCUCUUGUUUCGGCUCCCCAGCUCCGUGAUGCAUUGAAAUCGGUUGGCCCGUUGAAAUUGGACACACCUGCGCCGAAAUCAAAACGUGGCCUUUCAACAGCCACCUUUGGUGACGUUGUGAAAACUCCCUACCUUUAUAUUUAUUAUUUAAAAACACUAUCGGGCUAUGAUCAGUUAUAA